GUGCGAAGGCGCUGAACUCCAUCGCCCGCGUCUUCAAGAUGGCGCCCCUCCUGGCCAGCCUGCAGCUCAAGCCGACCACGCGCCAUGCCGCGCCCCGGGGCGCCCCGCUCUCAGACGACCUCAGCACCGAGACUUCUCGCCGCCAGUCGGCGGCCUGCAGCGACUGGCGGGGCUUCCGCGUCAGCGACGCCCUGGAGCACCUCGGAGCGCUGCCCGGCCCGGGCGCCGACCUGGCCUCCCAGCGGCGGGUGCCCCUCGCCAAGCUCCGCGAGAGGGUGGGCGAGGUGUCUCGCUCGGAGGCCGACGUGCACUCGCUGGCCCUGCUCCGCGGCGAGCGCUACGUCUCCGCCCUGGGACACAAGGCGCAGAUGCUGGAGCCGCCGACUGAGAUGAGAAGGCUGGAGAGGGCGCUGCUGCCCAAGCUGCUGCGGUCCCCCCAGGCUGCGGCCCUCUGGGGGGCGGCGGAGCUGCACCUGCCGAUGGCGCGCUGGCUGGGCGGACAGCCGUGGCCGAGCUGGUGGCGCUCAGAGGCCACCUCGGGCACUCUGCAGCGAGCGGCGCCCCCCAUCGGCGAGGCCCCGCCGGCGGCGGCAGCCAGGGCGCUGCGGCAGGCGCAGCAGGGCGCCCGCGAGCUCGGCGCCCCGCGCGCGCCCGCAGGCCGCCAUCUACUCCUCUCUCCCUCGAUCGCCCCUCUCGUUUCCUCCUCGUCUCCGCGCCCGUCCGCUGCGGACGUCGAUGACACUUUCAACCACCAGCUGAACGUAGGUACGGGCUCCGAGUGCAAGACAGAUGUCGAUGACACUGCGGAUGUCGAUGGCGUUUUCGACCACCAGCUGGACGUAGGUACGGGCUCCGAGGACAUGACUGAGGUCAAUGACACUACGGAUGCCAAUGACAUUUUCCUCCACCACGGGGCCGUCGACACGAACACCCAGGACAUCGGGAAGGUUACGGAGGAGAUCGGCGACGAGGAGGAGCCAGCCCUGCGAGGCGGAGGAGCGCCGUCGAACUCGAUGGACACGUUCCUCAAGGCGCUGAGCGGCCUCAUGCAGAGCUAUUCCGAAGCGGGUAGUGCAGGAGCGGGGACAACGCCGGCGAGGCCGGGGGGGAGGUGGAGGACGCGCAGACAGCAGCAGAAGCAGGAGGGCCUGGACGAGCUCAUCGCCCGGCUCCGCAAGAUGCUGGACGACGCGGCCAAGGCAAAGUGGACCAUGGAGAGGCUCGUGAAUGGGCUGACCGAGACGGUCGCGCAGGCCAAGCAGAAGCAGGCGCAGCCAGCCGGAGCCCAAGCGCAGCAGGAGCCCCGAGGCAAGGCCGCGGGCAAAGGGAAAGGCGACAGCAGGAUGGCUUGGACCAAUGGCCAGGUGCUGCUGGGACCCAAGGCCUUCGAAGCGCUGCUGGAUGCCGAGGACCCGGCGCAGGCGGCGAACAAGGUGAAGGCUAUCGUGGCCAAGCCGGGCCAGGUAAACGAGAUCCUCGACCUCGCGAGGUCUUACGCUAUCACUCACAAGAUCGGCGUGGUCUUUGCCAAGGAGGUGGACGGGGUCAAGAGCCAGCUCAAGUGGCUCCGCUUGGAGGGACAGGCAGGGCGUGGAGAUAAGCUCAAGAGUCUGCACGUUGCCCCGGUAGCUGCGGCCGGACUUCCGCCGGAGCUCGCCGGAGAGACGGUCAAGGCCUCCAAGGGGUCGAAGGCGGCGGAGGACGCGGCUGUCAAGGAGACGACGGUCAUGCGCAUCACCAUGGUGAAGAAGUACAUGACCGACUCGGCGUGGAGGGCGAGCCCGGUUACAUCGCUUCACUCGUUGUGGAAGGCGGACGGCAUCAUCCGCACAUACGGGUAUCGUCUCCACGAGGCGGGCGACGACAUCUGCCGCUCCUGCUUCGCGACGGUGCAGGAGGACAAGGUUCUGGACCUCCUGAGGCAAUCAGUUCGGGACUACAGUGUGUGGCAGAUCCACAACCACACCAUCACGGUGGUGCGCGAUACCUGGCAGCAGAAGGGCAUGACCACGAAGAUGAUCAACCCGCGGCCCGGCGUCGUCAGGCAGGACCUCCACAAGCAGGAAAAGGAGCGCAAGGCCAAGGCGGACGCAGCGAAGCCGCCGGGUGAACAAGGCGGCCAAGCAAAGAAGACGAAAUGCAUCAACGUCUACGGCUACCAGGGCUGGGAUCUGGGCGGGAAGGGCGACUGCCUGCACCGCGCUGCGGCUGCCUCUGCCGCGGCCCUGGAGGGCCGGAAAAAGGGAGACAUCGAAAAGAACAUCGCGUCUCUGGGCAAGAAGAUCCGGGCAGAGACCACGGGCCUCAUCCGCAAGCACAGCUUGUUCAAGGGCGUCUGGGAGUGGGUGGACGCAACUGCCCGGGAAGGCCGCUACGCAUGUGAGCAUACGGCGGCGGUGCUGGCCUUGCGGCUUGAAAGACGCCUUGUCGUAUUCUACUGGCACCAAGGCAAAUGGGUGAAGGGCUGGGUGAUCAGCCCACCCGAGGGGGCGGGCAACGCCGCCAUAGAGAAGAAGCGGUCUAAAGCAAUGGGCCGUGCGCCAAUACCAGUGGCCCUCAAGGACGAGCACUACGUCGCCCUGCACUUGAAAGACGGGCAGAAGGAGUGGCCGCUGGAGUGGGCCGACCCCCCGGAGGAGGACUUCGCGACGCAGCUGCUCCGAGGAGGCGUGGCCGCCACUGGGUCGUGCUGGGACUCGGUGAGCGUCGCCGCCCACGGUGGCAAACGCCGGCGCCUCCGCGGCAAGCAGACGGCGCCGGCGCCUCCCGCCCUCGCGGGCCCGCCGCUGGGCUGGGACGAGCCCCCUUCGGCCCCCCACGCCGCGCCGAGGCCGCUGGUCAGGGGCAGCGCCGAGUGGGUAGAGCACAAGAAGUAUGUGAAGCGGUCGUACUACCAGAGACAGGGCGGCACCCUCAGCGAGUACAGGGCGCGCCCAAAGACCACCGAGUGGCGCUGUCCAAUCUGUCCAGAUUGGCGCACGUCGGCGAAGACGCCGAAUAUGCUGCAUUACAGGCGGAACAGGCACGUGGACCGGGAGCACCCGGACAAGCCGCGCAGCUUCUUCAACAAGAAGAACGGGACGCUGCCCACCCUCAAGGCCCUGAGCGACGAGGAGUGGCGUGAAGCCUUGCAGCUCCCCAUGGGGCCGCUGCCGAAGAUGGCGUGGACGUGCCAGGACUGCGGGAAGAGCCUCCCCUUCCAGAGCGACAACUCUCGGUCCAUCAUCGACAAGGCUCGCCGUGCCCACCGGGAGGCGGAGCAUGGUGUGAAGUGGCAAACCGCGACAGAGUGGAGAAGGAGGCAACGGGCGGCUGGCAGGAGCUACCUGCCCAACGGCUCCCUGACGCAGAAAACUGGUGGUGCGCCGGGCGGUGUAACCGCGCGACGCCCCGUCUGGACUGUCAACGUCGGCUCAGACACUGGACUUUGGAAGGCCGCCCGGCUGGCAGCUGAGCGGAAUGUGGAGGUGGCAUGCUUCCAGGAAGCCUCACUGUCUGAGAAAGACUUCAAGAGCUUCAGGAAAUCCAUGUUCAAGCGCGGCUACAGGGCGCACCACCAGGGUGGCAAUGUGGCGGAGGGCACCACGCGGCAGAUCCACGGCGUAGUGACCAUUGUCAGCAGGAAGCUUCGCUCCAAACAACUGUGGAGCCGGGGAGGGCCCGAAGGGCAGAUCCUGGCGACGGUCGUGGAGGGCGUGGUGCUGUUCAACACGUACGUGGUCCCCGGCGUCGACGAGGGGGCCAUCAUGAGGGAAAUCAGCGACGUUGUGCAGGUCGACAGGCUGACGUCCUGGAUGGCCAUCGGGGAUUGGAACCAGUUGCCAACGCAGGUGCUGGCCCCGCGCGCCUGGUGCUGCAUUGAAGCGGUCAAGGAUAAGAACGGCGACUACCUCCCUACGCGCUGGAGGGGCCACCGGUGCAUCGACUACGGGGUGAGCUGGGCCAUGACGAUCACGGGCCACGAGCUGAUCGAGGACGCGAUCAGCGACCACAUCGUCGUGCAGAUGCUUGUCGACUUCCGCAUGGAGGGCGAGGAGGUAGAGGAGUGGCGCUUGGCGAAGCACCGCGGGGUCGCCAUGCCGCCGGCCUCGAGCAAGGAAGAGUGGGUGGACAUCACGAGCAAGCUGUGGGACAACACGCAGGGUUAUUACCGCGUGCAGAGCGGCAUGAAUGCGGCCGCAGAUGGCGUCGAACCAGGGUCCUGCGAGGCCCGCCGCCUGGUUGACCAGAAGUGGGCGGAACUCAGCCACGCCAUGGAGACCUGCAUGGCCCAAGCUCGUGCCAUGCUCACAGACACAGAGUGGGAUUGCGCCGCUGAGGACCCGGAGAGAGCCGGUUCGGACGGUCGCAAAAAGCUACAGAAAAACGAGGUCCAGCUCGAGCGGGUGCGGCACGGACGCGCCGCAAGCUGCCUGGAAGCCACCUUCCGGGAGCGCCAGCUCGCCAACGCCCUCGCUCGGCUACGGCGCCUCGACUACCUGCAACAGCGCGGCGCCGGCAGGGAGGCAGAGGCAAGGCGACUCCGAGAGAAGGCGAAGCGGUACCUCGUGCAGACCGGGGACACCGCCUUGGCUCAGAUCCACGCUGUGCAGGACAAGAUCGUGGAGCUCGAGGGCCUGCUGCGCUCCGAGAGGGACCGGGCCAAGGAGCAGAGGCUCGCGAGGUGGCGGGAAAGCCUCAGGACAUCCCGCCGGAAGGCCCACAGCUGGCUCCAGGGGCACAUCCCGCCAGACACCAUGAUCUACGAGCAGGACAGGGAGGAGGCACCGGCGCAGUCCAUGCCGGAGUCGCUGGGAUUUCUGAUCAACCGCUGGCGCAAGGUGUGGGACCGGGAGCUGCCUCCCGAAGCGGCAUGGCGAGCCAAGGUGGCGGAGUGGGGCCCGCGGCACCAGGAAGAGGCGUGGGCGCCGCUCGAGAAGGAAGACGUGCGGACUGCACAGGACAAGAUCCGUGGAAGCAGCGCAGGCCCUGACGGGUGGACCGGCGAGGAGGUGGCGGACGCGAUCUUUGCCACAGAGGCUGUCGCUGAGUUCUUCAAUCUCUGCGAGACAGUGGCCGCCCUCCCAUCUGGGUGGCAGAGAGUGCGCCAAGCGCAAUUGCCCAAAGAAGAUGUGGCCGAGGGCAAGGCACUGCCGGCCGAAGCUGUCCGACCCAUCUCGGUGAGCAGCUGCCGGCAUCGGCUGUGGGCAGGGAGCCGGCUCCACAGCGCGGCCAGCAGGCAAUGGCAGCGGCGGUGGUGGCCAGAGCGUGCCUUCGGCGCCAAAAGGGGCGCUUCUGUGAACGACGCUGUCCAAAGUAUUAUCGUUGCAAUGGAACAGGGCGAAUACGCCACAUCUUGGGAUUUUUCUCUCUGCUUCGACACAGUGCAGCCCGCGUGCGCCGCGGUCGCGCUGCAGCAGGCGGGCAUGCCGAAGGCCAUCGUGGCGAUGCUGACCCAGCAAUGGGAAAACCAGGAGCGCUACAUGCAACUCGCCGGGAUCACGCACCCGCAGGCGCAGGAAGUGCGCACUUCCCUCCCCCAGGGGGAUCCGUGGAGCCCGCUGGCGCUCACAUGUCUGCUCGCCGGGCCGCUGCGGGAGCUGGAGGAGAGGGAGCCCAACGUCACCACUGCCGUCUUCGUCGACGACAGGACGUGGACAGCGCGCCGCCUGGAGGACCUCCUGGCCGCGGCGCAGCUUUGGCGAGCCUGGAGCGCUGCUCUGGGGCUCAAGGAAAACGCCCUGAAGGAGCAGUGGAGCCACCGAGACCCUGCUGGCCGCCGGAAUCUUCAGAAACAUGUCUCGCCAGACGCCGUGGCGGACAAGCUGGAGGUGUUGGGCAUGAAGAUCACGGGAGGGAAAAGGAGGAAGAAGUGCCGCAAGGAGAUAAAGAGGCUCGAAAAGGCCUCCCAGCAGACGGCCAAGGCAGCACUUCUGCCACUCCCGCCGAGAGAAAGGAAGCAGGUGGUGGAAGCCGGGCCUCUCGCUUCUGCUCAGUACGGCUGGGUUUGCGACACGCCGAACAUCCCGGCCACCAAUCAGAUUCAAAGCCGUGUGCACAGAGCUAUCGAUUUUCCGAUUCACGCGCCGCGGCCCUUGAAGUUGUUGAUUUUGGGACAUCGCUCUGACGUGCGGUACAGGUGCCAGCAAGAGGCCAUUCUUGGAGUAGUUCGCGCCAUUGCUAAGGGCCUGGCAGGGAACGACCCCACAGGGGAGCUGCCGUGGAAGGAGACCACGGGCUGGUCAGGCGUACUGACAAAGCACUUGGCGUGGACAGGCUGGCGGUGCGUGGACGAGUGGGUGUGGAGCCACCACGGAACAGAGAAGACCAUCACGCUCCGGCGAGACCACCCUGAGUGGCGAGAGCCGGGACAGGUGGCGCACCUGCUUCGGGAAGCCUGGCGUUUCUCCAAUUUCCAGGAGUUCAUGAAAGGGAGCCGGCGGGCUACGGUGGCGUGCGACGACGCCGAGUACGAUCCGCUCAGGUACAAGCGCAUGCUCAAGCUUGUGGAAGAGAUACCAGCAGCUGCGAGAGUCUUCGCCGGCGCGGUGGUGAGCCCAGCACACUACCACAGGGGCGACCUGGUUCUCGGCCGGUGUCCGUGGUGCACUGUCGAGAUGGGCACCUGGGAACACGUGGCGUGGGAGUGCGGGAGCAGCCGCUUCCGGCACCGUCCGCGCCAGCGACCCCAUGAUGGUUUGCAACGCCGGCUUCUGUGGCCGACGGCGUUGGGCGACAGGAAAGAGGUCGACCGGCAGCUCGUGGAGUGGGCUGUUUUCGUCGACCGCGUCAUCAGG